AUGCAAUCGGCACUGAAGAAGAAGGCAAAGGCGGCCACGACGUACAGCGAAUGGGUGGCUAUCGCACGCCAACUGGAUGACUUGGAGGGGUUUCAAUCGUGGCGUUUGGAGGAGGAGCCGCGGUACAUGAACUCUGAGGGACUUGUUGGUCACAUUCAGCUUCUAAUUGAUGCAAAGAAGAAAGGGGACACGGAGACACUGCUGAGUGUUCUUUCGACUGGCCUUCAUCGUUCUGCAUAUGGCAUAUUAAAUCCAAAUCUUUAUGUGUAUCGCUCAGGUACGAAAGCGGUCAUUGAGACGUACAACUCGCUUCUGGUCUAUCUGAUCCGCAGUCUCGCACGAGACACCUCAGUGACGGCAUACACGAGAUACGCCACGUUGUUGGAAUUGUCACGUGUGUGCAGCAACACAGCCCUUGUUUUUAACGGAGGUAUGGUGCUUGGACCGUUUCACGUUGGCGUAGCGAAGGCGCUAUGGAAGGCCAACUUACUGCCUAGGAUAUUCUACGGUGGACGUACCGGUUCUGUCGUGGCAGCACUCCUUUGCUGUAAGAAGGAUCUGUCUGAAGUAUUUGAAGUGGAUAACCUUAAUUAUCCGGCAUUUAGUGGCAAGGAUGUAGGUGCACUUCAAAGACGGUCAGUCCGUUUCUGGAUGGAGGGUCACCUUAUGGACAUUGCUGUUCUAGCACAGUUUAUUAAGGAUAAUGUUGGGGAUUUGACCUUUCUUGAAGCGUAUAACCUCACUGGGCGUGUACUCAACAUUGAAUUUACGCCGGACACGGACGAUGCGAACUGCACUGCUGCCCCUCCAGUGCGACUGCUUAACUACCUUACAGCACCCAAUGUUCUUGUGUACAGUGCGGCGGCGGCAUCUUUUGCCUCCUCUCCGCUUUUCUUUGGGCGCUACCCAUUGAUGGCGAAGGACCUGGCUGGUCGCAUCGUGCGGUACGAUCCACCGGUGAUGGGGGCCGUUGGAAGACGGGCGGAUGGAAAAAUUGAUGGGCUGAAGCGGCUGCGUGAGUUAUUCCACAUCAAAUGCUUUAUCGUCUCGGAGUGCUCCGCUACCCGGCUACCGUUUUUGCGGCUUUCCGGUCGUACUUCUCUCCUUGCACGCCUGGGGCACGCCAUUUCAGAAGAGUGGUGGCGCUUUGUUUCCUUCAUUAUAUCAUUUACACCGCUUAAGAAGUAUAUUUGGGUGCUCUUUUCUAAUGAUGAUUCUGACGCGGAUGAUGUGAUAAAACUGUUUCCGGCCUCUAGUUGGACUGAUAUUGCCGGGGUUUUCAAUCUUCCGACAAUGCGGCAGAUCCAUGAGUGUGUGCUGCGCGGUGAAAGACAAGUAUGGCCCAGCCUCAAGCGGAUCCAGGAACAUGUGGCACCUGAAUUAGCGUUGAAUGAUGCUUUGAGUGAGCUUAGUCGUGCGGAUCCGAAGAUCAGCUGGGAGAACGAUAAUCCUUACUCAUGGUAA